CAAAACACACAAUCUCCUUCCCUCUCUCUCUCUCUCUCUCUCUCUCUCUCUCACACUCACUGUAAUUACUUUUAAGCACAAAUGACAACUUCAUCUGAACCAACUCGCAAGGGUCUGACAAAAAUUGCCACCAACAGAUUACAGAAAGAAUUCAUGGAGUGGCAGACUAAUCCCCCUGCUGGUUUCAAGCACAGAGUCUCUGAUAAUCUCCAACGAUGGAUCAUUGAAGUGAAUGGAGCUUCAGGAACUCUUUAUGCCAAUGAAACUUACCAACUUCAAGUGGAUUUUCCUGAGCAUUAUCCUAUGGAAGCUCCACAGGUUAUCUUUCAGCAUCCAGCUCCACUUCAUCCGCAUAUUUACAGCAACGGUCACAUUUGUUUGGAUGUUCUGUAUGAUUCGUGGUCACCAGCAAUGAGGCUAAGUUCAAUCUGUCUCAGCAUUCUCUCCAUGCUCUCAAGCUCAGCCGUGAAGCAAAAGCCGAAAGAUAAUGACCAUUACUUGAAAAACUGCAAAAAUGGAAGAUCUCCCAAAGAAACUAGGUGGAGGUUCCACGACGAUAAAGUAUAACAUCUCUAUGCAUGUGUCCUUCAAUAUUGUAAUUAGAAACCAAUUGUAUGAUCUCCGGCCGAGUUCUUGACCUGUUGCUACUUCAAAAGCAAGAACAUCUAUCCAAAAUUGUAUUCUUAAUACUUAAUCCGAUAAUUAGUUCUUAACUUGUAACUUCUUACAAAAGCAUCUUAGUAUGGUCUUCAAUUUUCUUAAUAAUAUUA